UGUGUUCAGACACACACUAAAGAGGGGCUAGUGGUGGAAGGUGAGAAAAUCGUUCUUUUGUUUUCAUAAUUAUCAUCAACACUAGAUUGACUACAGUACCAAAUCUAAAAUGAGGUCAAGUGUCGCCUUACUUACGAUCCUCUUCACAUACUCUAAUGCUGUCAUCCAGCUGUCGAAGCAAUCCUACAUGAAAUUCCCCUACCAGUUCGCCAAUGGUGAUCCAUCCAGUCCCAGAUACGGACUUUUCCAAAAUGCUGCUCACAAGGCCACCUACCACACUGUUGAUAAAAUUCUAUAUGUUGCUUCUGCGAGAUCAACGGAAAAGUACCUACACAUCAUUGACAUGAACAAUCCCGCCAGCCCAUCUAUCCUGAUGACCCACGUGUUCAGUAGUGCUACAGACGGUAUGAUCACAGCAGUGGAGGCGUGUUCAGACACCAUUGCAGUGGCGCUGUCCGCCGCGGACCCAGUAUCCGAAGGUCACGUGGAGCUUUUCACUCCAUACAACAGAGCAGACCGUGUGUUCACAAGGAUUGGCAGAGUGGCAGUCGGUGUUCACCCAAAGGAUAUGGCAUAUACUACUGACUGCACAAGACUGGUUGUUGCCAAUGAAGGGCCAGUGACCAUUAAUCCGAUAACAAGUACUCUAGUCGACCCUGAGGGUUCAAUCACGAUCAUAAUCAGGAACGACCAAGGAUUUCCCGUAGAAGUUAAUAUGGAUUUCACGCAGCUGAAUGGGAGAGUUGAAGAUUACCUUAGAAACGGCGUUCGCUAUGUAUUCCGUGGAGAUCAUGAUGCUGGAAUAGUCAAUACUUUCUCACAGGAUCUCGAGCCCGAGUCAGUAACCAUCAGCAACGAUGACAGAUUCGCUUUCGUUUCUUGCCAGGAAAACAACGCAGUAAUGAAAAUCGACUUGUUUAAUCAGAGGAUCAUAGAACUUUAUGCUUUGGGAGUCAAGAACUGGACAAGUUAUACGAUGGAUGCUAGUGAUCAGAAUGACGCUGCAAACCUUCGUAAUCACGAUGUCUACUCCUUCUACCAACCUGGAAAGCUCGCAUUUGGUUUAGUCGAUGGUAAAGGGUACGUCAUUUCUGCUGACACUGGAAAAACGAAAACCUAUACUUCAAGAGACCAAGGCUAUGACUUUAAAGAUAGCGUGAGAGCGAGAGUAGCUUGGAAUGACGGAGAUCUUGAUACAACCAUUAUAAAUCCAGCACUUCUUGCACAAAUCCAGGACAACCAACAGCUGGGUAGGGUAUUCAUGAGUAAUAUGGAUGGAAUCAACAUCUAUAAUAAAAUUCAAGACAUUUUCCUCUUUGGUGGGCGUGGUAUUUCUUUGUGGGAUUCUACAACCAUGGCCCACGUCUUUGAUAGUGGGGACGACCUAGAGAUGAGGGCCUCCCAGAGCUACGCAUCCACAUUUAAUGGGGAUUGUAGCAAUGCUAAUAGUUCUCCGUCUCAACAGGUUGAUGAAAGAUCUGACGAUAUGGGCCCUGAGCCCAGUGCUAUGGCUGCGGGUACCGUGGGAACCACGCCUGUUCUUGUUGUUGGCUCCAGGAUGGGUGUCUUGUACGUCUUCAACAUGAGAGGUAUCAGUGCUAAUUUUGAGAGCAUCCACCGUGAGGGAGAUACGAAUGACUCCUGGAACAACCUGUACAAUGCCGACGUAGCCGGUGAUCAAGGUGUCUCCGACAUCGGAUUUGUGAAUGCAGGAGAUAGUCCCUCUGGUAUUCCAUUCAUUUACGUUGUUGGACAAACCACCGGAUCUCUCUCCGUGUAUAACAUAGUGGACGUCGCUUCAACAUCUUAAAUAAUACUGUCAUAUAGACAUAGUACUUGUGUUAUACAUUCUAGAUUAUAUUGAGCGUGUGUCGUUUAUUCAUUAGGAUGAUUUAUGUAGUUUUUCGUAUGCUAUCUUUUCCAUAACCUGUCAUUAAUUAAUACAAAAUCGAUAACUGAUUUUAACGUUUCUACCACACAUCAUUCUUGAAAAGUUAUUCCUUAUAAAUCAUAUGUAUCAAUGGUUUGUUAAUAAUGAAUAAAUAUAAAUGAUG